CAUCUUACAGCUCAACAAUAUAAAUGGUAGUUAAAUCUGCAUUUACUAUAUAGUGCUAGAACAAUAGGUUUAACCAAGCUCUUUUUAACUAUAUGGCAUGGUGAAAAUACAGAAAACUAACAGCAUUCUUUUUUAAUUUGCAGUACUUCGUAGCCUUAACCACGAUUUUUAUCGGAGAAAUGACGUGUGCAAUUGUCGUUUUGAUCUUUAAAUCAAUCAUUACAAUAUUAUUUCAAGAAGAGGCCUUUGGAUUACUAAAAAAUAACUACACUGGAUUUGGAGAUAAAAACUUUGCAAGUUUCGGAUGGGAUUCUAUUAUGAAAACAUUCCAUUGCUGCGGGUUAAAGAAUUACACGGACUUUGAAGGAUCAUACUAUCAGAUUACUAAAGGACGUUUGUAUCCAAAGAGUUGUUGUCGAAACCCUUUUUCUGCUGACUGUGAUGGAAUAACAAUAUCAUCAGAAAUUAUAUUCACAAAGGGCUGUUUUGCUUCAGUAACUGCAAUGAUCAAAAGGAACAGUGCUGUUAUUGGUGGUGCAGCGAUAGGAAUUAGUUUAAUUCAGGUAAGAUGUAUUCAUUGUACUCAUUUGAGUCGGCACGGUGGCACAACGGUAGACUUGCUGCCUUACAGCGCCAGAGACCCAGGUUCGAUCCUGACUACGGGUGCUGUUUGUUAGGAGUUUGUACGUUCUCCUCAUGACCUGGGUUGGACUUUCCCUGGUGUCUCCGGUUUCCUCCCACAUUACAACUACGGACAGGUUUAUAGGUUAAUAGGCUUGGUAUAAUUGUAAAUUGUCCCCAGUGUAUGUAGGAUAGUGUGCUGGGGAUCGCUGGACAGUGUGGACUCGGUGGGCCGAAGGGCCUGUUUCCGCUGUAUUUCUAAACUAAACUACACAAAUCCACUCCCAUAACCAGUGUGAUUCCAAGACGAGGUAUUUUGUAAUCUCAGCAUCUGGGCGGCAUUGAUGAAAAGGAGUCUCGACCUGAAACCUCACCUGUCCAUGUUCUCUAGAGAUGCUGCCUGACCAGCUGAGCUACUCCAACACUUUAUGUCCAUCGUUAUAUUUAGGUUUUAACAUCCAUUUGCUUCCCCCCCGAAGCGAGACCUGGGUGUCAUGGUACACCAGUCAUUGAAGGUAGGCAUGCAGGUGCAGCAGGCAGUAAAGAAAGCGAAUGGUAUGUUAGCUUUCAUUGCAAAAGGAUUUGAGUAUAGGAGCAGGGAGGUUCUACUGCAGUUGUACCGGGUCUUGGUGAGACCACACCUGGAGUAUUGCGUACAGUUUUGGUCUCCAAAUCUGAGGAAGGACAUUAUUGCCAUAGAGGGAGUGCAGAGACGGUUCACCAGACUGAUUCCUGGGAUGUCAGGACUGUCUUAUGAAGAAAGACUGGAUAG